GCUAGGGUCUGGCGCAGACAACUGUAAGAUCUGAAAAAAAACAUGUAUUAUUUUAUAGUCUAUUCCUACAUUGGGUAUGUUAUGAACAUUACGUUUUAUUAAAGUUUGUAAUAAUGUACAAAGACCUGCAUCCAAGGUUUUUUUAUUUUUACAUAAAACACGUGUGCUGCAUGUUUAAAUAUUAUUCAAAUGGGUUACUUAAUUCAAACAUGUCUUAAAGGUUGUACGAAAUAUUUUGGAAUUCAAUAAAAGGAAUGUUUAAAAACGGUAUCUCACCCUUUAACUAUGGGAAAAACCUAUUUAACAACGUCUUCCAACUCUGUCACGAAGUAAAAUAGAAUCCGAGUGUUUGUGUGUGUGUGGGGAGGGGUCUUGAGGCGGAGCAACAGGCGUGUGUGUGUGUGUGUGUGUGUGUGUGAAAAUCCUAAGGUUGGGGGGUCCCAGAACUCUUUUCUGUAGAGAACCGUUUGAAACCAAGGUGUGCACUAUCAUGCAUAAGGCAUGUCGAGAUAUCAGCCGAACAGCGGGGGUUAAACAUAGAUAUCUCUAAUCUGCGGCCCCCACACACCCCGUUUGCAGACAGAAUGUCACGACAUCCCCUCCUGUUGUUGGCGUGUAGCAUACAUCUCUCAAAAAACUCAUUCCGAACUUUUAGAUAGUUAGGGACAGAACUAUUUUUUAACGUUGUCAGCAUUGCUUUAGCGCAAACAUAAAGGCCCGAAUAUUGAGCUGCACGGACAGAUUAAAAUAAUAAUAAUAAUAUUCGGAAUAAGGGAAUCUCGCAUAAUGGAUAUUUCUGGAGGAUCCCCGACAUUUACGCAGCUUUUACGCGAUUUACCUGAUCUGGAACAUGAUGGGGGUUCGCAGGAGCAAAAGUCUGGCAGACAAUCACCAACGGCCUUUUUUCGUUCCGACAUACAGCCCUUUAUGAUAAAGGAUGCGUUACGGACAGCUGACACGCAGGACUUUGAUGCAAUUCUACCGUUCACUGUGGCCCAAGUACACUGCUCAGAAUCAAGCCCACCCGAAAACUACUGUUGGGCCGGGAACUUGCUGCUUCACGAGCCGGCGCUCCAGGGACAAGACUGCCCGGAGACAGACCCAGCAGAAUCUGGAACGCUAGAGGGAAAAAGUCACACACCCCCGGUUUCGGCGAUUCGUCACAACAAGCGCCAAAAAAGCCGAGACUCAGUACCGGCGAAAAACGGCACAGACGACCACAUAAAUCUAGAGCUGGGGGAUUCCGGCGCCCCGAGCAUUCCGAAUGAAACACCCAAGAGACCUGUUUUUAAUGACAUGUCAGAUGUUGAUGACCAGCUAUUCUGUGAUGCGGCCAACCUUAUAGACCCAGUCAAUUCUACGGCCUCAAUACCUGCAGACGAACAAGAAAGGUUUUUCACAUUAUUUUCCAGGGCUUUGAAAUCGAGGAAUGUUUUAUUCCUUUUAGGUGAGCUACUGGGGGAGUUCGCCAACUACUUCCACUACGGCUACCACGAGUGCAUGAAGAACCUGGUGCACUACCUGACCACGGAGGAGAGGGUUGAGACCAAAGACAUCAAGUACGCAAGGAUCCUGGCCUUUCUUCAGUCCAAGUCCCGGGUCGCCACCGAGCCGGUGUUCGGCUCACUGGGCGCGUUUCCAGACCAGGCAGAUUAUCUGUGCCAGUUGCACUCCUCCCCGGAGUCACUCCAGAGUCACAGCCCCAACGACUCCGUGUUUCAGCAGAGCCCACCCGGACACUUCUCUUGGCACAGCACGGCGCGCAGCCCGACCAUCUCGUACCCAACGGUGCCGCUUUCCGCACCGACGCAACAGCACCAUGGUGGCUACCUGUCACCAGUGCAAGGACUUGACCAUCACUACUUCAACUUUUUCAACGGCCACCCGCACGCGAAUGCGUUCAGUUUGCACAGUACGCAACAUGCGUUGUAAAUAGAAUCCGGUUACCGUUUUGUGUUGUCUUUAUUUAUAUAUGUGUUCAUAAUAAAUACUUAAAGAUUGUGGAUAUUGUAUACUGUACAAUACAUCUUCCUUUUUUAAAGAAAAGUAAAUGUUUAUUUCCCACA